CAGGCAAGUCAGUCGUCCACCAACGACACCCGUAAGUAACGACAAUCAUCAUGGCUCUCAUUACUUUGGCCGCCGUCGCUGCUGCGGUUGCGUUUCCUGGCCUCGCUGCUGCGACCAAGACUCCUGCUGGUGUAAUUUCCGUCCCAUUAUCUCGCGAUGACGGCCUGACGGCAUAUUAUGCCAAGCUACAGGUUGGCACACCGCCGCAGACAGAGUAUCUCAAGAUCGACACGGGCAGCCCGCGAUAUUCCUUCCUCGACCCUCGUAAUGAGGUAUGCAAAAAGCAGGGGAACAAUUGCAAAACGUUUGGCACCUUCAACAACAAAACAUCCAAAACAUCCCGCUACGAAGGUACUGGCUUCGCCGACGCCCUGGGCUACGUUGGUCGAGGCGAUUAUCUGAGCGACACUGUUGUUAUCGGCGGUGUUUCAACCAAGAACAUGUACUUUGGCUAUACGUCUGAUUACAGCUUCCCUGACAAAGUCACUGGUGAUAUAUAUACUAUUCUCGGCCUGUCAUUGGAGUGCGAGUACGCCGGUCCCAAAUGUACUGACAGGUUCUCGUCGUACUUCCUGCCGGAGCUCAAGAAUGCUUCCAAGAUCAACUAUCUCGCUUCAAGUCUCUACCUCGGACCUGAUGACAAGAAGGCCGCCAACGCGAGGAUGCUCCUCGGUGGCGCCUACGACAAGGCAAAGAUUGACGGCAACCUUAUCACCGUGCCCAUGGUCGACCCCUUCAAUGCCGACCUCAGCGGUGGCCAGACCAACUCGGUCAAUGUCACGUCUUUAGAAGUCGUCCUCACCAAGGGUAAUAACCGUACCAAGGAAACGUACGGCAAAAAGGGCGUUGGUCUCCCUGUUCUGCUGGACACAGGCGUCGCGAAUUGGUACGUCACCGACAAGACUAUUGGUCCUAUAUCCCGCGCUUUCGGUCUCGCCAAGGAACCUGACUUUGGUCAACGAUACUUUGUCGUCGACUGCAAGUACGCUGACUCCAAGCGCAACGACGGCUAUAUCGCUGUUGAGUUUGGUGUUCACGGCACGAUCAAGGUUCCGUUCCACGGCUUGGUGACAAAGUUCCCUGAUGGCACCUGUGGAGUGUUCCUCGCUUCUCGAGGUUACCCCGUGUCCAUCUUUGGCGACCCUUUUUUGCGCAAUGUGUACAGUAUCUUUGACCAGGAGAAGUUUUCUAUCUCGAUGAGUAAUGUGAAGCAUACUGCUGAGGAGAAUAUUGUGCCUUUUCCCAAAGGAGGUUUUAAGCCAACUCAUUACUGAAGAGGGUGAAGGCUACGAAGCGACACCAUCAUACUAAUGUAUAUGUAAUGUUUCUGAUGCAGUGAGAAUCAAGCGAUAACUGCAUUGAGUAUAUGAGCGAAUGGAAAUACAUACAACGACAAGACAUGUUUUCCAAUUUCUCAAUUGUGUUUGUAAUAUUUCUAUCUGCACCUCAAGAAUCAUCUAGCUUCCCUCUGGCGUAUUCGUUUUCGACACUUCGUAAUUUAAACGUAAUCAGAG